AGGUGCUCCGUACAUUUCCCAACGGCGUCUUUCCUCUUUGUUCGUUAACUGCUACACCUGAGUCGGCUCGUGUGCUCCUCCAGACCACUGGACACUAAUUUGAGCUCUCAAAUAAUUUUCAUAACUAAAACAGGAUGUUUACAGGUCGUGGUUCUAGAGGAAUCAGUUACUCCAAAGUGCUCAUGAAAAAUGGGCCUUUGACAGCAGAAUUGACUGAAACAUUCAAACCACCAGCUGCCUUGAACAGUCCUUUCAAACAUGGUAUCAAAGAGAAGCCGGCACUGAAACCUGGUGCUCCUGUUAAGUCUGGAGUGCCACCCCAAACGCUGAUUAAAAGAUACAGGAAUGGUGAAACAAAUCCUGUCUCGCUGAUCCACCAGCUUGCCCAGAUUUAUGAGUUCCACCUGGAAAUGAAAGAAACUGUUGCCACAGGAAACUUACCAGGGACUUAUUUUGCCUUUUGUGUGGUGAUUGAUGGCUUUGAGUACAAAACUGGCCUGGGAAUAACCAAGAAAGAAGCUCGUUUUAAUGCGGCAACGCUUGCUCUGGAGGACUUGUUGCCUUCUUUCGAAAACCAGGAGUCUGUUCUUUCUGAAGCGUUGGACGUCCCCCCACUCCUGCCAGUUGAAGAAAAACCCUCCGUCAAUGACACCCAUCCUUCUCCAGCCAUUUAUGAAAGAAAGAAUCCAGUCAACCUUCAGAUUCUACAAGCUGUCAGCAAUCAGCUCACUAAACUGACGAGCAACCACCUGAAGUUCUCUAGCUGUACAAGCACAACAGCUGCUUUCAUCAUUCAGACUUCCAGUCAGUGUGAGGUGGUUGCUCUUGGCACUGGGGACUUCAAUGCUAAAGAAUGUUUGUCAGAAAAUGGACGGAUUGUCAACGAUUCACAUGCUGUUGUCACUGCAAGGAGGUCUCUGAUGAGGUAUCUGUACCGACACCUGCUGCUGUUUUACAGCAAAAAUGCCAGCCUGAAAGAGAAGUCUGUAUUUCAGCAUAGCAGCAGCAGCAGUAACCUCCUCAGUCUGAAAAGUGGGGUUGCUCUUCACCUUUAUGUGAACCAGUUGCCAAAAGGAGCUGCUCAGAUUCCCUCAAAGACACGUCUGAACCCUAAGUCUAUUUCGGCAUGGCAAGUCCGCAACGAGAUCAGCCUACACCAGGCAGUUGAGGGGAAGGUCUUCUCUGUUUUGUUAUCUGGACUUCAUCACUCUGCCUGCAACAUGGUCAGCAUGUCCACCACAGACAAGAUCACCCAGUGGCAGGUUCUGGGGUACCAAGGAGCGUUGCUCAGCCACUUUAUUGAACCCAUCUAUGUUCAAAGCAUCCUUGUAGGUGAUUCGCACUGUAGUGACAUCUCCAGAAUGAAGAUGUCUGUGAGCCAGCGUGUGGAUGGAAUCACCCCUGAGCUCCCCAUGUUCUACUGCAUGAUACGGCCCCAUAUCAGCCUGGUGCCUUCUGCCGUCACCUGUAGCUCAGGCAGCAGUCAGCUGACCUUUGGCUUCAACUGGAGUGAAGGAGACUGCUCAGUGGAAGUGGUGGAUGGACUCGAGGGAAAGACCACAGAAGAUUCUCCGUUUAAGAGUGGCCCUGCCCUUGCAAGCCGACUGUGUAAAGCAGCGAUGCUCCACCGCUUCAAGUUGGCGGCCAAGGAGGCUGAGAGGCAGGACCUGCGCACCACAAGAUCCUACAGAGAAGCAAAGAUGGUGGCAAAACCUUACCAGGAGGCCAAGAAUGUGCUGCGUGACCACUUGUGUAAGAAAGGGUAUGGUUCAUGGCUGAAAAAGGUCUCAGUUAGUGAAAACUUCAGUAUGUAAAUAAAGCCACAUCACAGAACACA